AUGGCCGCGUCGCCGGAGAUUGAUUCGGCAUCGUCCGAUCGGAGUCAUUGCGACGCGCCGCCCGCCCCGGCGGCCAGCGCGUUCGCGCCGGCGUCGGGGGGCAAGUCCAACAACGAAAUAACCUUCGAGGUGUUCGUGAAGAACGCGAUCAUGCGGAUCCAGCGGGAAGCGUGGGGCCGCGGGAGGGACGUGACGGAGAUCCGGGCUUCCUGCGUGGCGUUCUUGGAGCGGCUGGAGAAGGGCGCAGAGGAGGGGACGAGCUGGGCGGUGCCGUUCGACGAAGCGAGCGCCGCGGCGGUGCUGGAGCCCUUGAGGCUUGCCUGCAAGUGCAACAUACCCAGGAUCGUUGAACCGGCCCUCGGGUGUGUCCACAAGCUGGUGGCCUACGCUUGGAUUCAAGGGGAGUCCUCACCUUCUGGCGAGAUGGACGAUGGGACACUAGUCACACAGAUUGUGGCCAUGGUUGUUAAAUGCUCGGAGCUGGCAAAUGAGCAAGUGUACCUGGCAGUUGUGAAGUCCCUGCUGACGUUUGCAACUGCUGAGCAUUUUCUGGCUCAUGGAAAGUGCCUACUGCUAACGGUGCGAACAGUGUUCAACCUUGCAGUCGGUGUGGAAGAUGGCAACCUGAAGAGGACAGCCAGCAAUGCCCUGCUGCAAAUGCUGAAUACCACAGUGAAGAGAAUUACCGUUACACAGUACCAGCUGCGGGGCCAGGCCUCAGACUCGAGUGCUCUCUUUGCCGAUGGCACUGGCCCGCCAGGCUUGACUGGAUCACCUGAGCCAGGAGCAGAUGAACACAAAGCAGGCAUGCCCAGCACAGAUGAAACUAGGAAAGAUGGAAACCGCGAGGAGGAGCCCAUGGAACAGGAGAUCAACCCCAACGCUGUGCCUGCAGGACAUACAGGGCCUUGA